GUUAAAGUAAAAGUGAGCUCUUCGGUUUAUGUGGAGAGAAAUAUAAAGUUUUCUACAAAAUCACGUUAGUUAUUUUAGUGUGAUGGAGGGUACAAGACCAGAUUCACCUGAACCCAGCUGUGUCUCCAUGAAAAGCGACUGGUCAAUAGGACUACCAAUUACCUUUAAAGAUGGAGGAUGUUUUCCUGAUCUGAGUAUGAUGGAGGGUACGAGACCAGAUUCACCUGAACCCAGCUGUGUCUCCAUGAAGAGCGACUGGUCAAUAGGACUUCCAAUUACCUUUAAAGAUGGAGGAUGUUUUCCUGAUCUGAGUGUGAUGAAGGGUAAGAGACAAGAUUCACCUGAACCCAGCUGUGUCUCCAUGAAGAGCGACCAGUCAAUGGGAAUGCCAAUUCAUUUUAAAGAUGGAGGAUGUUCUACUGAUCUGAGACCACAAAAGAAGAAAUUAAAUGUUACUUACAGAGAUCAGUUGGAAUCCAUAUUUAAGGAACUGGAGGUUAAAGUCAUCAACAUGUUAAAGAAUGAGCUAAACAAGUUCAAAAAGCUACUGAAUGAAGAUUACCCAGCAUGCUCUGAGCAGGAGGUGAAUGACGAGAAAGAUCUAAGUAGUUUCAGAGAGGGGGCGCUAAAGAUCACACUGAAUGUUCUCAAGAUCAUGAACAAGACAGACCUCGCUAACACCCUGCAGAGGAAACUGGUCUCUGUAUAUCAGAAAAAACUCAAAUCAAACCUGAGUGAGAAAUUUAAAAGAAUCAAUGAAGGAAUCUCCCAGCAUGGAAGCUCAGCACUUCUGAAUAAGAUCUUCACAGAGCUCUACAUCACAGAGGGUUGGAGUGGAGACAUCAAUAAUGAACAUGAGGUCAGACAGAUUGAAGCAGCAUCCAGAAGACCAGCAGCACAGGAAAUUCCCAUCAAAUGUAACAACCUCUUUACAAACUCGUCCACCAGAACUGUGCUGACUAAAGGAAUCGCUGGAAUUGGAAAAACAGUCUCAGUGCAGAAGUUCAUUCUGGACUGGGCUGAAGGAAAAGCAAAUCAGGACAUCACCUUCAUAUUUCCACUUCCUUUUAGAGAGCUGAACUUGAUGAAGCAGGACAAUCUCAGUCUGAUGGAACUUCUUCAUCAGUUUUUCCCAGAAGUGAAAGGUCUGCCAUCAUUAGACUGUGAUAUUUAUAAAGUUUUCUUCAUCUUUGAUGGUCUGGAUGAGUGUCGACCUCCUCUAGGUUUUCAAAAUAAUGAGCGAUUGUGUAACAUAACGGAGUCAGUAAAAAUGGAUAUGCUGCUGACAAACCUCAUCAAGGGGAACCUGCUUCCCUCUGCUCACCUCUGGAUCACCACUCGACCAGGAGCAGCCAAUCAGAUCCCUCCUGAGUGUGUAGACCAGGUAACAGAGGUACGAGGGUUCAGUGACCCUCAGAAAGAGGAGUACUUCAGGAAGAGGAUCAGUGAUGAGAACCUGGCUAGUAAAAUCAUCACUCACAUGAAGUCAUCCAGAAGUCUCUACAUCAUGUGUCACAUUCCAGUCUUCUGCUGGAUCUCAGUCUCUGUUCUAGAGAGAAUUCUGGAUAGAGCCGAGGGGAAAGAGAUCCCCAAAACUCUGACUCAAAUGUUCACUUACUUUCUGAUCUUUCAGAUCAAACACAAGGAACAAAAGUAUAAUGGGAAAUCUGACCCUGAUCCACACCAGACCAGAGAGAUGAUACUGGCACUGGGAAAACUGGCCUCCCAACAGCUGGAGAAAGGAAACCUGAUCUUCUAUGAGGAAGACCUGACAGAGUGUGGCAUUGAUGUCAAAAACACAUCAGUGUACUCAGGAGUCUGCACCCAAAUCUUUAGAGAGGAGGCUGGACUGCACCUGGGUCAGGUCUUCAGCUUUGUGCACCUGAGUGUUCAGGAGUUUCUGGCUGCUUUAUAUGAAUUUCUCACCCUUAUCAACAAAAACAGAAAAAACACUGAAUUUCUGAAGAGUGCAGUGGACAAGGCCUUACAGAGUAAGAAUGGACACCUGGAUCUUUUCCUCCGCUUCCUUUUGGGUCUCUCACUGGAGUCCAAUCAGACUCUCUUACGAGGCCUACUGCCACAAACAGGAAGUAGCUCUUAUAACAAAGAAGAAACAGUCAGGUACAUCAAGGAGAAGAUCAGUGAGAAUCUCUCUCCAGAGAAAUCCAUCAAUCUGUUCCACUGUCUGAAUGAACUGAACGAUGAUUCUCUAGUGAAGGAAGUCCAAAAAUACCUGAACAGAAGAGGUUCUCUUCAUCAUGAUAGACACCAUCUGUCUCCUGCUCAGUGGUCGGCUCUGGUGUUUGUGUUGCUGAACUCAGAUCAGGAGCUGGAUGAGUUUAAUUUGAGUAAAUAUUAUCCAUCACAUGAAGGUCUUCUGAAGCUGCUGCCAGUGGUGAAAGAAUCAAGAAAAGCUGAGUUGGAUGGUUGUGAUCUAACAGAGGAAAGUUGUGAAGUUCUGUCCUCAGUUCUCAGUUUAAACUCCUCCAGUCUGAAACAUCUGAACCUGAGUUACAAUAACCUGAAGGAUUUAGGAGUGAAGCUGCUCUCUGCUGGACUGGAGAAUCCACACUGUAAACUGGAGAUACUGAGGUUGUGGAGUUGUAAUCUAACAGAGGAAAGUUGUGAAGUUCUGUCCUCAGUUCUCAGUUUAAACUCCUCCAGUCUGAAACAUCUAAACCUGAAUAACAAUAACCUGAAGGAUUCAGGAGUGAAGCUGCUCUCUGCUGGACUGAAGAAUCCACACUGUAAACUGGAGAUACUGAAGUUGUUUGGUUGUAAUCUAACAGAGGAAAGUUGUGAAGUUCUGUCCUCAGUUCUCAGUUUAAACUCCUCCAGUCUGAAACAUCUGAUCCUGAGUUACAAUAAACUGAAGGAUUCAGGAGUGAAGCUGCUCUCUGCUGGACUGGAGAAUCCACACUGUAAACUGGAGAUACUGGGGUUGAGGAGCUGCAGUAUUACAGAUGAAGGUUUUACUGCUCUGGGUUCAGCUCUGAAAUCAAAUCCAUCAUCACGUCUGAGAGAACUGAAUCUGGACUUCAAUCAUUCAGGAGAAUCAGGAGUAAAACUGCUCAAAGAUCUACAGGAGGAUCCACAAUGUAACCUGAAGGAACUACAGUUCUGAUUCUAACACACAUUGAAUUAUGAGAUGAAGAUGAUGAGCAGUGGAGAUAAACACCCAUCUACUCUUCACACUGGGAUUCUACAUGGUGACACUUUGUUUAGCUUCCUACUGCUCAAAUCUGUAAACAUGCUUUUUGUACAAGAAGGUGUGCUCCUCUCAUGACAUCACUUCCUGUACAAGAUCAAUACUCAUAAACCCACUCUGAAGUGCUGAUGGACUAAUAAUAAUAAUAAUAUCUAUUAUACAUUAUUUUAAUUAUUAUUAUAAUUAAUUUUUUUGGGAAAUAAAUUUAUUUUUGCAUUUGUCACUUGUAUGUAU